AUGUAUAUAAUCACUAGAACAAAUGAGUUAUUGUUAUUUUCAAACAUAUUCCCUGUUAUAAAUAUCUUUAUUUCAUUAAUAGUUAAGAUUAAUGAGGGAAAUUAGUAUUUUAAAGAAUCAGUACAAUAAAUCAAUUUGUUUUAUGUAUUUAGAAAUAUUUGUAUUUUGCUAAUAUCUAUAUUUUUCAGUUUAAAAAUAGAGGGAUAUUUUGAUAUUUAAUGGUUAUACACAUUAUGGAUGCUUUGGCUAUUAUUUAGUCUCUCAGCAUCAAUUGUUAUAUAUUACAUAUUUGUUGUAUUGGCAUUAUGCAUUCAAGUUAUUUUAGAAUAAAGCAGUCGUUAAAAAUACUUGGGUUUAUUAUUAUAAAUUAUAAUUAGUCAUAACAAAUGUAUGGAUAUUAAUAUUCAUGAUAUCUUGUUCCUCUAUGUUUUUUAUGAUACCAAUAUCAGUGUUAAAUUAUAAUUAUGGAAAUUAUUAAUUAGCUAUUGAAGUAAAUAGAAUAAUCUUAAUUACCAACUAAAUUAUUAUAACUUAUUUUACUGUAAAAUUUAAAUCAGAAUUGAUAUCAGCAUUAUAAAUGUUCUUAUCUCUUAAUGAUUCUGUAAAUCCUCUCCAUACUUUGGCUACUUAAUAAGUAGAUGCUUAACUUUAGCAAUUUAAUAAAUAAGGUUUUAUAGAGAGUUAAGUUUCGGAAGCAUAAAUGUAAAUACCAAAAGUAGUAAAAAGAAUUUCGAAAACUUAUUUUGGAUUUGAUGAUCUUAAUUCAGAUAAAAAAUAUGAUUCUAAAAUAUUAGAAUAAACUAAAAAACCCACUCAUUAAAGAGCAUUAUCAUCUCAAAUUGAAAAAAACACAGAAUAAAUUAAUGAAAAAAUUAAACUUGCAUCAAUGAUGAAUUUUAAAAUUAUUGAAAAUGAAAAUUUAGAUGAAUUAAAAGGAACUUCAAUUUUGUAAGAUAAAUAAAUAGUAUAAUUUAAUUCUAAUUAUUUAGUAAAAUUAACCUAGAUCAAUUUCAUUGUCAUCUAUUAAUUAAUGUUGUAUAUGUUUUGAUAAUGAUCCAGAUGCCCUAUUUAUGUAAUGUGGACAUGGUGGAGUAUGUUAUCAUUGUGCUUUAGAUAUGUGGAAAAAUAAGGAUGAAUGUUAUUUAUGCAGGAAGGUAUUAUAAUAAUUUAUAAUAAAAAUAGAAAAUUGAACGAGUUUUAUAGAUUUAAGUUUGUGAAAAUGAAAAGAAUAUAUAUUAAGUAGUUGGAGCUACAGAAUUGAAUUCAAAAUUGAAAAAAAGACAUAAAAUUAGUUAAUAACAUGAUUAAUGA